GAGUUUUGCUCUUUUGCCCAGGCUGGAGUGCAAUGGCGCGAUCUCGGCUCACUGCAACCUCUGCCUCCCGGGGUCAAGCGAUUCUCGUGCCUCCGCCUCCCAAGUAGCUGGGAUUACAGGCAUGUGCCCCCACGCCCAGCUAAUUUUGUAUUUUUAGUAGAGGUGGGGUUUCACUAUGUUGUCCAGGCUGGUCUCAAACCUCUGACCUCAGGUGAUCCACCUGCCUCGGCCUCCCAAAAUGCUGAGAUUACAGGCGUGAGCCACCGCACACAGCAAACUUGCCAUCUUGACAUAUUCCUCCAGUGACUGGCAUCCAUUCUUGGUUGGCGUGUAAGGUAUAAUACAAUGGACAGGUACUUUAAAAGUUUUCAGUAACUUCUACAAUGCUAAUCAAUGUUUUAGGAAUAUGAUUACAUUUCUUUUUAAAAAGAUAAUUUAAGCAAGUUUUGUAAAAAGCACCAAAGGCAAAAAAACUUCAUUGAAGUUUUUAAAAAAUGUAUUAAACUGCUGCAUUAAGGUAAUGUACUUGCAGAAAAAGAAAAAAAGGUUUAAAAAAAGGACAAGAACAGGAAACAGACGUAGUAAGGGGAGAAGAGUUAGAAAAGAAACUCUCUGGGCAGGGUAUGGUAAGCAGGCAUCAAUAACUGCCUCAGGUGCCAUUUAAUGCAUUCAUGUCCUGGGCCUCCUGAGCAUCACACAAAUUAGUGAAACCCAACAGGGGGAUUUGCUUUGACAAGCAGCAAUAAAAGUAAAGCUGCUGUCUGUAUUGGCAGUAAACUACCUGUGACACUGAGAUAUACUUUCUGUGUCUGGCUUAUUACUCUAUCAUCUUCCUAAACUGGCUUGUCACAAACGCCUGUUACAAAAAUCAGAUUCCUGGCCUCCACGUCAGACCUAAUGAAUCCAAAUCUCUCGGCACCUGGGGUUUGAUUACUUUUUAUUUUUAAGCUCCUCAGCAAUGAUGGAUAGCUUUCUUCCCCGCCCCCCCAAAAAUGUUUCAGGAAUAGGAUUACGUUUCUUUUAAGAAAAAACAAUUCAAGCAAGUUUUGUAAAAAGCAUCAAAGGCUAUACCUAUGAUGCUGACAAUAUUUCAUCUGACUUAUCUGCUUCUUUCCCAAGACUUAGUCUUUCUCUUUGAAGGAGCUGUGUUUCUCCUAGUGGUACUGAUCUUUUCAUUGCAGCUGCAGGUACAAACGAGGGAUUGAGGUGACCAUCUUUCAACCUCCAGCUGUUCAGUCAACAAAAAUGAAGUACCUGUCAGAGUGCACCCUGCCCUGCAGCACAUAUUCAAGGCUUUACCUACAAGAACGAAGGUGUUUAACCGAAGGAACUGAUGGUAGAAUAAAGAGAGCUGGGCGCGGUGGCUCACGCCUGUAAUCCCAGCACUUUGGGAGGCGAGGUGGGCGGAUCGUUUGACCCCAGGAAUUUGAGACCAGCUUGGGCAAUAUAGUGGGACACCAUCUCUACGGAAGGAGGGAAGUGGGGAAGGAAGGAAAGAGGGAAGGAGGGACAGAAGGAAGGAAGGAAGGAAACAGAAAGAAAAGAAAGAAAAAAAGAGAGAAAGAAAGAAAGAUUAAUUUUAAAAAAGAGUUAAAAGGGGAAAAAUACAAUGUGGCAGUGGGAGAAUUAAGGAUGAGAUGAUUGCAUUAGUUCAUUGACCAUCCCUGAGCAACAGAAACACAAUCAUGGGUAAUCCUCGGCCCCUGCCUACAAGAAGCAUGGGUCUAGUUUAGUAGCACUGCCAACCGGACCGACCAUUUACACUUCUGUGUGAAAUGGGGCAGAGCGGGGAGAAGAGUGCCUGAGCUCACAGCGUUGGCGGGGCGCAGUGAGGUCCGCCAGGAAGGAGAGAAGGAACGUCCCUCUCUGCAACUCAUCUAAGGGCCUGCUCGGACCCCGGAUCUCACAGCGAGAACUACCGCCUCACUACACCCGCCUUUCCCCGCGCCACCCAACAGCUCCGACGUCUCAUCCUCAGGGAGCUGGGCGGGGCGAAGCGGAAGGGGAGGGGCCGACACAACCACGCCCACUAGUCGCGCUCCAAGGCCGCGGCCCCCUUACCGCGAGAACGCGGAGUCCCGCGGACGGCGCACGCACAAACCUCCUGUGACGCCUGCGCCUCCUGGCCCCGCCCUCCGCUCGUGGGAGUGCCGGAUGUUUAGCGUUACCAUGGAGCCUGGAGGUGCCAGCGAACGCUGCUUGUCGCCUGGGCAACCGGAGAGGACGAAGCAGGACCUAGGUGGCGGCGGUGGUACCGGCUGCAAUGGUGUCCAAUCCCGUUCAUGGCCUGCCCUUUCUUCCGGGCACGUCCUUUAAGGACUCUACGAAAACAGCCUUCCAUAGAAGCCAGACGCUGGGCUACAGGAAUGGCUAUGCAAUUGUUCGACGUCCAACAGUUGGGAUAGGCGGAGACCGGCUCCAGUUCAACCAGCUGUCCCAGGCUGAGCUGGAUGAGUUGGCCAAUAAGGCACCAGUCUUAACUUAUGGCCAACCUAAACAAGCCCCACCUGCGGAUUUUAUUCCUGCGCAUGUGGCCUUUGACAAAAAGGUACUGAAAUUUGAUGCCUAUUUCCAAGAAGAUGUUCCUAUGUCAACUGAGGAACAGUAUAGGAUCCGUCAAGUGAACAUUUACUAUUAUCUAGAAGAUGACAGCAUGUCUGUCAUAGAGCCUGUUGUAGAAAAUUCUGGAAUCCCUCAAGGCAAGUUAAUAAAACGCCAGCGGCUAGCCAAGAAUGACCGGGGCGACCAUUACCAUUGGAAAGACCUAAAUCGAGGAAUAAACAUCACAAUUUAUGGCAAAACUUUCCGCGUUGUUGACUGUGACCAAUUCACACAGGUAUUUUUAGAAAGCCAAGGAAUUGAAUUAAAUCCACCAGAGAAGAUGGCUCUUGAUCCUUACACUGAACUCCGAAAACAGCCUCUUCGUAAGUAUGUCACCCCAUCAGACUUUGAUCAACUCAAGCAAUUUCUCACCUUUGACAAACAGGUCCUUCGAUUCUAUGCGAUCUGGGAUGAUACAGACAGCAUGUAUGGUGAAUGUCGGACCUACAUCAUUCAUUACUAUCUUAUGGAUGAUACAGUGGAAAUUCGAGAGGUCCACGAACGGAAUGACGGGAGAGAUCCUUUCCCACUCCUAAUGAACCGCCAGCGUAUGCCCAAAGUUUUGGUGGAAAAUGCAAAGAACUUCCCUCAGUGUGUGCUAGAAAUCUCUGACCAAGAAGUGUUGGAAUGGUAUACUGCUAAAGACUUCAUUGUUGGGAAAUCACUCACUAUGCUUGGGAGAACUUUCUUCAUUUAUGAUUGUGAUCCAUUUACUCGACGGUAUUACAAAGAGAAGUUUGGAAUCACUGAUUUACCACGUAUUGAUGUGAGCAAGCAGGAACUACCUCCGGUAAAACAGGAGCUGCCUCCUUAUAACGGUUUUGGACUAGUGGAAGAUUCUGCUCAGAAUUGUUUUGCUCUCAUUCCAAAAGCUCCAAAAAAAGAUGUUAUUAAAAUGCUGGUGAAUGAUAACAAGGUGCUUCGUUAUUUGGCUGUACUGGAAUCCCCCAUCCCAGAAGACAAAGACCGCAAAUUUGUCUUCUCUUACUUUCUAGCUACCGACAUGAUCAGUAUCUUUGAGCCUCCUGUUCGCAAUUCUGGUAUCAUUGGGGGCAAGUACCUUGGCAGGACUAAAGUUGUUAAACCAUACUCUACAGUGGACAACCCUAUCUACUAUGGCCCCAGUGACUUCUUCAUUGGUGCUGUGAUUGAGGUGUUUGGUCACCGGUUCAUCAUCCUUGAUACAGACGAGUAUGUUUUGAAAUACAUGGAGAGCAACGCUGCCCAGUAUUCACCAGAAGCACUCGCAUCAAUUCAGAACCAUGUCCGAAAGCGAGAAGCACCUGCUCCAGAAUCAGAAAGCAAGCAAACUGAAAAGGAUCCAGGCGUGCAGGAAUUGGAAGCAUUAAUAGACACAAUUCAGAAGCAACUGAAAGAUCACUCAUGCAAAGACAACAUUCAUGAGGCAUUUCAAAUUUAUGACAAGGAAGCUUCAGGAUAUGUGGACAGAGACAUGUUCUUUAAAAUCUGUGAAUCGCUUAACGUCCCAGUGGAUGACUCCUUGGUUAAGGAGUUAAUCAGGAUGUGCUCUCAUGGAGAAGGCAAGAUUAACUACUAUAACUUUGUUCGUGCUUUCUCAAACUGACCUGCUGAUGAGAACAUGCAAGACAAUUUUUGAUAUUGGAACUAUGCUUUGAAAUACACCUUACACUCUUCAUAGAGGCA